AUGGCGGACCCCAAUGCGCCUCCCAACAUCCCCCCAGAGCAAAUUCCCGGUUACUACGAUGACAGGUCCGGGCUGGUCAUCUUUUGCGUUGUUUUUUGUCUCUUGUUCGCCACCGUGAUGGUGGGUCUGCGCAUAUGGACGAGGAAGGUGAUCAUCAACAAGAUGGGCGCCGACGACUGGGCUGCUAUCAUCGCGCUGGUGAUAACUUGGGGCGAGGGCAUCAGCAUUGCAGUGGGGAUCGAGUAUGGUCUCGGCCGACACAUCUUUGCUGUUCAGCCACCUAUUUUGAUCCCGACUUAUUGGAAGACAUUCUGGGUCACGUUGCUGCUCUACCACGCCGGGCUUUGCGCAGCCAAAAUGACCUUCCUCCUCCAAUACUACCGCAUCUUUGCCCUGCAGCGCAUGCGCGUCGUCUACAUCAUUGCCAUCAUCGUCGUCGGCGCCUGGAGUUUCGCGCAGGUCCUCAUCGCUCUGCUCAUCUGCCGCCCCAUCCAGGGGCUCUGGGACAAGACCAUCGCAGCCGACUGCAUGCCCAACGCCCCGCAAAUCUACGUCAACGCCGGCGGCAACAUCGUCACUGACGUGGCCAUCUUCCUCUUGCCGCUGCCGGCCAUCAAGCACCUGAGCCUGCAAAAACGGCAGAAAUUCAUGCUCCUCGGCAUCUUCUCUCUGGGGUUCUUCACCGUCGCCAUCUCGGUCAUCCGCAUCAAGUUCCUCGAUAUCGGCGGAGACGUCACCUGGCAACACGUCGAGUCAUCGGGCUGGUCCAUCGGCGAGCUGGCCUCCGCCCUGACCUGCUCCAGCCUGCCGACGCUGCGGCCCUUCAUCUCCAAGUACUUCCCCUCGCUGGGUCUGACUUCCAGCGCGACGGGUAGUACGACAAGCUACCUCCCCAACACGAUCGGUGGUUCGGGUGGUCGUGCUUUGCAGAUGAUGGGCUCCAAUAAGAGCGCUUCUUCCAAGUUGAGGCCGGCCGGCAAGAAGAGGGGUAGCGCCGACUCCUUUGCCGAUAAAAUGGAUUAUGAGCUUCAUAUGCACGUGCCCUCUGCCGGCAGGGGCCACAGUACUGACGACAAUACUUGUGAGUAA